UUCUCACAUCAACAUCAACAUCAACAUCAAUCAGUAGCUCUCGCUUUCUAAUCGCUCGCGGUGCAGUAAAGAGAUUCCCCGGAAAAAGCUAAUCAAGAAUUCCAGUCGCCGUGACAAUGUCGACGGAGAAGAAACUGAUCACUCUGAAGAGCAGCGACGGCGAGUCGUUCGAAGUGGAGGAAGCCGUGGCAAUGCAGUCGCAAACAAUCAAGCACAUGAUCGAGGACGACUGCGCGGGCGACGGCAUCCCGAUCCCCAACGUCACCGGCGGGAUCCUGGCCAAGGUGAUCGAGUUCUGCAAGAAGCACCAGCACGCUGCUCAAUCCGACGCCGAUUUGAAGAAAUGGGACGCGGAAUUCGCCAAUGUGGGACAGGACACGCUCUACGACCUGCUGCUGGCAGCGAACUACUUGAACGUCAAGGAUCUGCUGGAUUUGAUCUGCCAGACUGUGGCCGACCUGAUCAAGGGGAAGACGCCGGAGGAGAUAAGGAAGUACUUCAAUAUCAAGAAUGACUUCACUAAGGAGGAGGAAGAAGUGAUUCGCAGGGAGAACCAAUGGGCGUUUGAGUGAAAUUUUUCCCAACGAAAUAUCAUGUGCAUUGUAGUAGUGGUAGUAGUAGUUUGAUAGUCAUAGUAGUAGUGAUUCAACUUCGAGUUUGAAUUUUGAUGGUGAUAUAAUUGUUUUUGUAUGGAUUCACAGGAGAAUUGGUUGGUUUUUCUUUGGUUUCUAAGUGGGGGUUUUCCUGGCUUGUGUUUUACGGAUAAGAAGAAUUGUAAGCUUUCUUUUUGCAGUUUUUUGUUAGUAAAACAGAGCUUCAUUUGCUGCUUUUCUGGUGUAACAGUGGGAUUGGUCACAUUCAAAAAGUCUUACAGAUAUCAUAAUAAGAGGUCUUACAACAU